CACGUGACCCACCGGGUCACAUGGCUCGCGGGACAACAUGGCUGCGCCCGCACUAGGGCUGGUUUGUGGACGCUACACUGAGCCGGGUCGCGUCCUCUUGCUGCUGCUGCUCUCGCUGCUGUGUGGAGCGGCAGGGAACGAGGAGGCCGGGACCAAUGCGGGCGCGGGGUCCCUUGCGGGUUCUUGCGGCUGCGGCACGCCCCAGCGGCCUGGCGUCUAUGGCAGUUCGGGAGCCACUCACCGAUACUCGCGGGAGGCUAACGCUCCGGGCCCCGUACCCGGAGAGCGGCCGCUAGCGCACUCAAAGAUGGUCCCCAUCCCUGCCGGAGUAUUUACCAUGGGCACAGAUGAUCCUCAGAUAAAGCAGGAUGGGGAGGCACCUGCGAGGAGAGUUACUAUUGAUGCCUUUUACAUGGAUGCCUAUGAAGUCAGUAAUGCUGAAUUUGAGAAGUUUGUGAACUCAACUGGCUAUUUGACAGAGGCUGAGAAGUUUGGCGACUCCUUUGUCUUUGAAGGCAUGUUGAGUGAGCAAGUGAAGACCAAUAUUCAACAGGCAGUUGCAGCUGCUCCCUGGUGGUUACCUGUGAAAGGCGCUAACUGGAGACACCCAGAAGGGCCCGACUCUACUAUUCGGCACAGGCCGGAUCAUCCAGUUCUCCAUGUCUCCUGGAAUGAUGCGGUUGCCUACUGCACGUGGGCAGGGAAGCGGCUGCCUACGGAAGCCGAGUGGGAAUACAGCUGUCGGGGAGGCCUGCACAAUAGACUUUUCCCCUGGGGCAACAAACUGCAGCCCAAAGGCCAGCAUUAUGCCAACAUUUGGCAGGGCGAGUUUCCGGUGACCAACACUGGCGAGGACGGCUUCCAGGGAACUGCGCCCGUUGAUGCCUUCCCUCCCAAUGGUUAUGGCUUAUACAACAUAGUGGGGAAUGCGUGGGAAUGGACUUCAGACUGGUGGACCGUUCAUCAUUCUGUUGAAGAAACGCUUAACCCGAAAGGUCCCCCUUCUGGGAAAGACCGGGUGAAGAAAGGUGGCUCCUACAUGUGCCAUAGGUCCUAUUGUUACAGGUAUCGCUGUGCUGCUCGUAGCCAGAACACACCUGAUAGCUCUGCUUCGAAUCUGGGGUUCCGCUGUGCGGCCGACCGCCUGCCCACCAUGGACUGACAACCAAGAAGAAUUUUCCCAAUCCAAGAAGGAGUUGUAUCUGACCUACACUGGGCUUCCCUCAGAACUUUGAACGAUCUCAUGCAAAGAAUGCCCACCCUGAGGUGGGUUACAUACCUGCCCAAUGGCCAAAGGAACCGCCUUGUGAGACCAAAUCGCUGACCUAGGUCAGUGCAUGUGCUUUAUUGUGUGGUGCAUCUUUGAAGAUCAUCACCAUAUUUUACUUUUGAGAGUCUUUAAAGCAGAAGGGGAGUGGAGGGAACCCUGACCUAGGCUUCAGGAGGCCCACAUCCUACACAGGCUCUGCCACAGGGGUUAGACCCCAGGUCUGACACUGGACCUUCCUGGGCCUCAAGUUCCCUCCCCUAUCAAAUGAGGGGAUGGACAGCAUGACCUCUGGGUUUCUCUCCAACUCAUCAGUUCUAAAGAGGAUAUCAGAUUCUAUUGUGACUUCAUAGUGAGAAUUUAUGAUAGAUUAUUUUUUAGCUAUUUUUUCCAUGUGUGAACCUUGAGUGAUACUAAUCAUGUAAAGUAAGAGUUCUCUUAUGUAUUAUUUUCAGAAAAGGGAUGGUGGUGACUCCUUUAUAUUCAUACUGCACUUUGUUUUUCCAAGGAAAUCAGUGUCUUUUACAUUGUUAUGAUGAAUCCCACAUGGGCUGGUGAUAGUAUGCUGAAGUUCAGCCAUUGAAUACACAGAAAUGUCUGUGGGGUGACUCUACUGUGCUUUAUCUUUCAACAUUAAGUGCCUUUGGUUCAGAGGGGCAGUCAUAAGCUCUGUUUGCCCCUCUCCCCAAAGCCUUCAGUGAAUGUGAAAUGUGCUAAAUGGGGAAACCUGUUUAAUUCUAGGUAUAGGGUAAAAGGAAUGAGAACCUUGAAUUAGCUAUAUUCAGGGUAUCCAGUAUUUUGUAAUAGGGAAUAGGAAAUCUUGUUGGCUAUGGAAUAUCAGAUGCUUUGAAUCAUGCACUAUGUCGAAUAAACUUAUCUGCUAAAUCAGG